CAUUAGUCACUCUCACUACUCAGUCUUCUCUAUUUCAUUCUUCAAGUGAAAGAUUAUUAUUAAUUAAUUUAUAAAAAUAUGAAUGCGUAAAAAGAAAGGAAGGAAGUAACACAAAAAAACACAGAAUCUCUGUUGUUUUUCUUUCUCAUUUUAAAACAUUAUUAUUUUGGGUUGCUUAAAAUUUUAGCUACAACAACAACAACAAAUGGGAAAUAACAACAAAGAUACUACUACUACUACUUCUUCUGUUCAACAUCAACAUCCCCAUAUUGAUAAAACCAAAGUUGAAGCUGUUCUUCACCUUCUCAAAAAAUCUUCUCCACUCACUCUCAAACAGGAGAAAUAUUGUAAUGAAGCAUGUGUUGGGAGAUUUUUGAGAGCAAAAGGAGAAAAUGUCAAGAAAGCUACUAAGCAACUACGUGCUUGUCUCUCAUGGAGAGAAAACCUUGGCAUUGAUCAUCUAAUAGCUGAUGAGUUUUCUGGUGAGAUAGCUGAUGGGAUGGCUUAUGUAGCUGGUCAUGAUGACCAAUCAAGACCAGUUGUGAUUUUCCGAAUCAAGCAAGAUUAUCUCAAGUUUCGCUCACAAAAACAGUUCACCCGUUUGUUGGUUUUCACUUUGGAGGUUGCAAUCCAAACAAUGGCAAAAUCCGUAGAACAGUUGGUUGUCUUAUUUGAUGCAAGCUUUUUCAGAUCAGCAUCAGGGUUUAUGAACAUAUUGGUGGCAGGACUGAAAACCAUAGGGGAGCACUAUCCUGGUCGUCUCCACAAAGCUUUUGUCAUUGACCCUCCUUCCCUUUUUCCAUAUCUUUGGAAGGGUGUCAAGGCAUUUAUCGAAUUAUCAUCGAUCACAACAACGGUGUCGUCGCUUGAUUUUGAUGAUUUUCCCGACUUUAACCAUUUUACGACGUACCCAAGAGCUGCAUCGCUUCGAUUUAACCCUUCGUCCGUGCCAUCCAAGGGCAAAGUUGGCACAUGUGCGUCUUCUAGAUUUUCCUUCACCGUUUCACACCACUUCGACUCGCUAAAACCUUGGUAUCUCACUUUGACAGACAAACCGUCUUUCAAAGUGGGUCCUACGUCCACCCCGGUGCUAGGACCGGCCCUUAUAUCCCCUGUUAAUGCCCGUUCUUACUCAUUUGCAUCACCAACCGCAAGAAACAUAAACUCAAUGAGAAAAAGCUUUUUUCCUUCGACCCCGUUACCACAAAAAACCCAAAUAAUGGACCAUUCGGCCAUAAACCACCCACGAACCCCUAAACCGUCGUUUCUACACUCGCCUGCGCUCUUUUUCAAAAAAGAGGGCCAAGUAAGCAAGACCGAAAAGGGCCGUGAAUCAUUCCUACCAUUUCUAAGAUUCUAUAGACGACCAUAUGAUGAAAUGAUCUAUAGAUCAAAAAUGAAGCCUCCACUAGGAGGUCUCAUUUCAAUUGUUUCUCCACAAAUCAAACGUCGCCACAUGUCCGUCUCUCAACGGUUUUGAUAGCAUCGAUCAAAAAAGGAGUCGUACAUAUAGAUAUGAUCACAAAUUGACAUUGACAAUAUCUCAUCAAGUGUAAUAAUUUAUAUAUUACUAUAUUUAUAUUUUUGAAUAUUUCCUAUGUGACAAGGCAAUAUUAAUGUUGCUUUGAUAUUAUUUAUGUCUAGUGCAUUGAUUGUGCUACAAAUGUUUAUGCUAAAGAGAGUGUAAAAAGAAAUAGACGACGUGAUAAGUGGGAUGUGAUUUAGCGUGCAAUAUUAUAUAUUUUAUUAAUAUUAAUUUGGGAUGGCAAAAUGUAUUGUACACGACGUGGUCGUAACGGUGAACACAUGCAUUGGAAAUCGUUUCUUGUUUCCAAAUAAAUAAGACAUUUAACAAGACGAAAGUCAAUUUUUGUUUUGUUA